UUAUAGCUAAUGUUGCAUUAACAUCACAAUCAAAUGCAGAAAAUUCUAAUCAAGCUAUUUCAGACCAACAAAUACCAACCGAUUCAAUAAAUACGGUAGAUCAAGAUGGACCACUAAAGAAGAAACAAAGGCAAACUCGUCAUGAAACUAAACUUGAAGAAAAAAGCUUUUAG